CGACCACCGCUUGAACACAUGUACAUGUGUGAGGAGAAACUCUGUUCAAAUGAAGUCGCAAUAUUAGGAUUUUUUCAUUGUAAAUAAGAUUAUUCACGAAAAGCUUGGAAGAGGACUUUAGGCUGGCAUGGCUGGCAACAACCUGCGAUUCAAAACGAACUAUGCUGUCUCCAGCAAAAUCGAGCCCUUCUACAAGGGAGGGAAAGUACAGAUAAGUCAUGAUGAAAAGUACAUUUUCUGCACCUGUGGACCACGAGUCAACGUUUUGCAAAUUGCUACAGGCAAAAUUGUUCACAGCAUUGAGCAGGAUGAUCAAGAGGAUAUCACCUCGUUUUCCCUCAGUCCCGAUGAUGAGAUGCUGGUGACUGCCAGCAGGGCUCUGCUGCUAAAGCAGUGGGACUGGAAACAGGAGAAGUGCACACGCUCUUGGCGGGCCAUUCACAAUGUGCCUGUGGCCAGCAUGACUUUCGACUGUACCUCUACUCUGCUAGCAACAGGGGGUUGUGAUGGCACUAUAAAGCUGUGGGAUGUAGUGAAACAGUACUGCACACACAAUCUGAAAGGCUCGUCGGGUGUUGUCCAUUUGGUUGAGUUCCAUCCAAACAUCAGCCUGCUGCAGCUUUUCUCCUCCUCUCUGGACUGCGCCAUUCGCAUUUGGGACCUGCGCACCAGCAAGUGCAUCUGUGUGCUGGAGAGCCACUACAGUGCUGUCACCUCCUUGGCCUUUUCCCCUGACGGCCACACUCUGAUCAGCUCUGGACGUGACAAAAUCUGCACAGUGUGGGACCUUAAACAGAGGAAAGAAAAGAGGACUGUGCCUGUCUAUGAGGCUGUGGAGGGAGUCGUAGUUCUCCCUGCAAAUGAGGACUGCUCUCAGCUUGGGGUGAAAAGUAAAGACCUGCACUUUAUCACUGCUGGCAGUAAAGGUGUGCUGCGGGUGUGGGAGUCGAGCACAGCGCGCUGUGUGUUCACACAGACGCUGCCCAGUGCUCCAGUGUCCAGUCCGGAGCAGACUGAUGGAGACCCGCUCAGCCUGGUCUACUGCCUGCCCCUGCCUCUGUCCAACCGUCUGGCUACUGUCACUGCUGAACACAACAUUCUGCUCUACCAACUGCCAUCUCUGAGUGUGCAGCAGCAGUUUGUGGGCUACAAUGAUGACAUCCUGGAUGUGAGGUUCCUGGGGAAAGAGGACACUCAUAUUGUAGUGGCCACUAACAGCUCGCAGCUCAAGGUGUUCGAGCUGGCCACCAGCAGCUGCCAAAUUCUGUAUGGACACACAGACACUGUCUUGUCCCUAGAUGUGUUCAGAAAACGUUCCAUGUUUGCAAGCUGUGCCAAGGAUAAGUCUGUUCGAGUAUGGAGGAUGGACCCCGAGACUGGUCACGUGCGCUGUGUGGCUGAGGGACAUGGCCACUCCAAUGCUGUGGGCUCCAUUUCCUGUUCCAGGUUAAAGAAGGCCUUCCUGGUGUCGGGCAGUCAGGACUGCACUAUUAAAGUAUGGGAUCUUCCUGGCGAUCUUCCUGCUGUGGGCGAAGAACCAGCCCAACUCGUUGCGCAGAUCACUGAGAAAGCCCAUGACAAGGAUGUGAACAGCGUGGCCGUCUCACCCAAUGAUAAACUCCUGGCAUCUGGCUCUCAGGACCGCACAGCUAAGCUGUGGUCCCUGACGGACAUGAGUCUGCUUGGAGUUUUUCGGGGUCACCGCCGAGGCAUCUGGUGUGUCCAGUUCUCCCCUGUGGACCAAGUCUUGGCCACUGCAUCUGCUGAUGGCUCAGUCAAGCUGUGGGGCUUACAUGACUUCAGUUGCCUCAAGACCUUUGAAGGACACGAUGCGUCUGUGCUGAAGAUCAUUUUUGUCAGUCGAGGAACGCAGCUAGUUUCUGGUGGAUCUGAUGGCCUGGUGAAGCUGUGGACUAUUAAGACCAAUGAGUGCGUGAAAACCUUUGAUGCUCACCAGGAUAAAGUGUGGGCUCUGCAUGGCAGCAGCAACGAUGAUCUGAUGGUAACUGGAUCUGCUGACUCCAACAUCACGAUCUGGAAGGACGUCUCAGAGGAGGAGCUAGCAGAGUUGCAGGCGAAGCAGGAGGAUCAGAUCUUAAAGCAGCAGGAGUUGUCCAAUCUGCUCCAUGAGAAGAAAUACUUAAAGGCUCUGGGUAUCGCCAUCUCUCUGGACCAGCCUCACACUGUCCUCAAAGUAAUCAAAGAAAUCCGGCAGGAUAAGGAGGGUCCGCAGCAGCUGGAGAAGACCCUUCUUAGGCUCCGACAGGACCAGAAAGAGUCUCUGUUGCGAUACUGUGUUGUGUGGAACACAAACGCUCGAAGCUGUCUGGAUGCUCAAGCAGUGCUGCAGGUCCUGCUGACCCACCUGAGCCCUGAUGAUCUGCUGCAAUUUCAGGGAGCACGUACUCAUCUGGAAGGCCUCAUUCCUUACACUGAGAGACACAUGCAGAGGAUCAGUCGUCUGCUCCAGUCCUCGAUGUUCUUGGAUUACAUGUGGCAGAAAAUGCGAGUCACAGGAGGCAAAGACAGUGGGGAGCUACAAGGGGAAGAGAUGGACGCCAGUCCUCAGGGCAUAUUUAUAUUAGACAAGCAGUCUGAGCAGGAGAAAGCUACCCAUGCAGCCCAACAGCAGGAACAAGAAGAUGAUAAUGAUGAAAGCAAAGCACCAGACAGUGAUGAAGAAGUGCAAGAGGAAGAGGAGAGCAUCAGCACCUCCAAAAGUGCAAACAGGCAGGCGAGGAAAGAGGUGGGGACAAACGGGGUUGAAAACAGGGGCCACGUGUCCAGUGAAGAGAGCUCGGACGAGGAAGACGUCAUGGAAAUUUCUACCUCUAAGUCUGUCGUUCCCACCCCCUGCAUAGUGAGAGAUGCCAGGUGAUUGAUAUGUUUAUCAGCAGGUCAUGGAAAAGGGCCUUGGGGCCUCGUAUACAGUGCAGUGUGGCUGUGACUCGGAACAUCCAGGAACCUCAGUGGACAGCUUGAGUUGAACAGUAGUAGAGUUUCCAUCAAUUAUUCAUAACAUCUUAACAUCUGAAUGGUUGCUUUUUCCUGUUUCAGGGAGAUGGACAUUAUUUGUACCUGAAUAAAAAAAAAAGUCAUCUACAUUUUAUAUCUAGCUCCAAAAUUAAAGUAGUCUUCUGACAAGCUUUUUCUUUGUGAUUACUCCAAUGGAUUUAAAAUAAACUUUCUACUUUGUGAGUUA